AUGGCGCGCACGUCCACGCACUUCGAGAGCCUGCAGAGCACGAUCCGCGACGCGACCCACAGCGUCGACGCCCACGUCAUCAAGCCGACGGAGCACCGCCUCCACCUCGUGAAGCAGGCGGCCUACAGCGCCCUGGGCGUCGUCCUGCGGGGCGGGCGGAGCUUCCGGCGCGUCGACGUCGACGCGCCGGCCUUCCGGCCGCCGCGGCCCGACGACGUCGCGAUCAUCGCCCAGAAGGCGCCGCGCGGCGAGCACCGCCACUACUACGCGUCCGACGCGUACGGCGACCGCGGCCGCGCGCGCGCGGCGUACGCGGCGCUGCCGCCCGUCGAGGACCGCUGCGAGCGGGGCACGGCGGCCUACGCGCUCUUCACGCGGCCGGGGCCGGAGUCCAAGUGGUCCCUGGAGGAGAGCGCGGGCACCGACGUCGACGUCGCGCUCCUCGUCCGCUGGGUCGAGGUCGGCACGUACGCGGUCUUCGAGGCGCCGCUCAUGCGCCUCGUCGCGACGGCGGGCGGCCUGUUCCUGCGGGCGCUGCUCUGGCUCGGCUACCAGCGGCACCAGCCCCAGAUGCGGCCCCACAGGGGCAUGCGGAAGGGGUUCCUGCUCGUCGUGAACGCGGUCUUGGACGCGGCGUGGCCCUGGCUCCGCGCGCUCAUCAACACCCAAAUCAAGGUCAACGUGCGGUCGUCCGUGAACCACGUCAUCGCGAACCUGCCGAAGAAGCCCAUCGCGUCCAUCUUCUCCCUCGACUUCGACAUCGGCGAGGCGCCGCCGCAGAUCACGUCCAUCGCGCUCGCGUCGUCGUUCAGCGGCUACGAGUACCUCGACCUCGACGUGGGCUUCGUGCUCCACGGCGACGACGUCCACCUCGACGCGGAGAUCGUCGUCGGCGGCGACGACCAGCCCGACGUCCGCGCGACCGUGAGCCGCUUCGCGAUCGACGGCGCGCCGCGGGGCCGCGAACGGGCGAUGCAACGUCGCUUCAACUUCAGCACGCUGCGCCUCAAGCUCGGGCCGAGCAUCGCGCCCCUGCCCUGCGUCGACGCCAUCCGCCUCGGCUUCACGGCGAAGCCGACGAUCAAGAUGGACACGCACUUCCACAUCCACGAGACCGUCGGCAUCCCUGUCGACGUCGGCGUCAAAGCCUUGGACCGGUUCCUGAACCGGCUCGUGGAGAACGUCGUCGACAACUUUCUGUGCUGGCCGAAGCACGUCGUCAUCCCCCUGGCGUCGACGCUGCUGGGGCCCGACUUCGAGCCCGACGCGGGCGCGGCGGCGCCCGCGCCGCCCAUCGGCACGCUGCACGUCAAGGUCACGCGGUGCCGCGACCUCAUCAACAACGACCUCGUGACGGGGGGGCAGUCGGACCCCUACGUCAUCGUCUCCGUGGGGCAGCGGGAGUUCCGCACGCCGACCAUCGACGACGUCGCGGACCCCGUCUGGGCGAGCCCGGAGGCGUGGGCGUUCCCCGUCCACGAGAGUAGCCAGUCCGUGCAGCUGCGCGUCUACGACGCCGAGGACGACCACUUCGCCUUCAACGACGCCCUCCUCGGCGUCGCCAACGUCCAGAUCGACGAGCUCGCGGCCAUGAUCGCGGACGCGCGCGGGUCGCAGCUCGACCGCGCGGCGCCGCGCGGAACUCAAAUCUUCAACCCGACUUCAAUGUGCGCGUAUGCGACGGUUUCGACGCGAGCUCUUUCGCUGUGCUUCGAGGACUCGACGAGAGCGAUCGAUUCGUCCCAAAAUCAGCCGAAUCGACGCGCGGCCGGGUCGCGGAAGAGCAAGCGGCGCUACUCGACGUCGCUCAUCGAGCACGCCGUCGAGGUCGACCUCGUGCUCGACACGUCCGUCUACAACGGCAAGUCGAAGAGCGUGGUCCUCAUGUCGCACCGCGCGUCGAAGCCCUCGAAGGUCUUCAUCGAGGCCCACUUCGUCCGCGCGGCCGAGGCCGUCGCGGACGACGCGCGCGCGAAGCACCGGCCGGGCCUCGCCGCGGUCCUCGCCCGGGCCGGCGCCUACGUCGCCGCCGCGACGGCCGCGGCGCUCGCGGGCUGCGCGGCCGCGCGGCCCGCGGCCGCGCGCGCGGCCGCGGCCGCCGCGGGCGCGGCGGCCAUCUGGCUCGCGGCCACGGCCCUCGCCUGCCUCGCCGCCCUCGGCGCCCUCGGCUACGUCGAGACGCACCACGGCACGGGGGCGCACUAA